GGAAUGAAAACCGAACCAAGAAUCCCCCUUCUCCUCUCUCUCGCUUGACGUUUUGAUCGGUAAAUCGUAGCGACCAUCUCCUCCAUUUUUCGGCCGGUCACCGGCCAUAAACCAGCGUCGAAAGCCACAAAAUUGAUCUCUCGGUCUUCUCUCAUCACUUGAACCCUUAUUCUUCCACUUCCAUGGCUUGAAAUUUCGAAUUAGAGAAAAAAAGGAUGAGACUGCAGAUUUGAACUCCAACCGGAAUCUCCAUCUCCGACGAGUCUUGAAGCUUUAGGUAUAGCAAGGAUAUUAAAGAGCAGAAAACACAGCAAGUAGGAAGAUCCACUUUAUGCAAUUGAAUUGCAAACCAAGAAAGAGGGGUCUUACUGCACUGACUACCUUCACUAAUUAAUGCUACAAACCUAUAGAAAAAGGUUUUAGGUGCUAAAAAGGUUUCAAAUAUUAUCUAUUUUGAUUCUCCUGCUGGUGUUGGCUUGUCAUACUGAAAAAGUUAAUAUGAAACUGGUGACCUAGCAAGCUGCAGACACACAUUCUUUUCUUCUUAAGGUUGUUGAUGAAGAGAAAAGGAGAUGAGUUAGAGCAGCUUGGGUUACUUCUAACAGUGGAACACACCAUUUUUUUCAGAUUGAGCUUGGGUUAACCAACCAAAGCCAUAUAAACACUUCCUCUGUUUCCCACAGAAUUUGGAUUUAAGCAUAAAUCCUGUGCUGCGUUGGCCUCCCCCUCCUCCUUCAAACAAGCUCUGUGGAGAACAAAUAAGCAACGAAUAAGCAGACAGAGGCCAGCCUCUCCAAAUGGUAGCAGGAACUAAAGCUUACGGGUGCAAUGAAGCAAGGGCUGCCAGAGGAAACAGUAGCAAUAAGCCCAAUAAGAAUUUUCAAUCGAAUUCUCAAUUGAAUGAUUCUAAUGUUCAUUCUACCAUUGCCUAUGUUCAGAUUUUGGGCACUGGAAUGGAUACUCAUGACACUUUGCCUUCAGUUUUGCUCUUCUUUGACAAGCAAAGAUUCAUUUUCAAUGCUGGAGAGGGGUUGCAAAGAUUUUGUGCAGAGCAUAAGAUUAAGCUAUCGAAGAUUGAUCACAUAUGCCUUUCUCGUGUUUGCUCGGAGACAACCGGUGGACUUCCAGGCCUUCUUCUAACUCUUGCUGGCAUGGGAGAAGGGAUGUCUGUCAACAUAUGGGGCCCUUCAAAUCUUGACUUAUUGAUUAAAGCAAUGAGGUCUUUCAUCCCUCACGCCGCCAUGGUUCAUACACACCUCAUAUCUCAUGCUGCUAUGGAUCAUUCAAAGAGUUUUGAACUAGCUUCCUAUUCUAGUGGUGCAGCUUCACAAAGUAUUAGCAGGUUAACAGAACCGAUCAUGCUUGUUGAAAAUAGGGUUGUCAAAAUAUCAGCAAUUCUCUUACAACCAAGUUGUUUGGAAAGAUCUGACAUUAAGCAUAGUGAUAUAUCUGUCAUAUAUGUUUGUGAAUUGCAUGAAGUUAUGGGCAAAUUUAACAAAGAAAAAGCUGAGGCUCUUGGUCUAAAAGUUAAGACAAAAUAUAGAGAAUUACAAAAUGGAAAUGCUGUUAAGUCAGAUUGUCUCGAUAUCAUGGUUCAUCCAAGUGAUGUAAUGGGUCCUUCUACUCCUGGUCCCAUUGUAUUUAUUGUAGAUUGCCCUACAAAUUCUCAUGUUGAAGAGCUACUGUCCGAACAAUCUCUUAAUGCUUAUUAUUCAGAUUCUAUGCAGUGCUUCCCAGAAAGUGCCAAGACUGUGAAUUGUAUCAUUCAUUUAACUCCUCCUUCAGUUGUCAACAGCGUUAAUUAUGAGAAAUGGAUGAAGAAAUUUGAUUCAGCCCAACAUAUUAUGGUUGGACAUGCAAUGAAUCAUGUGACAAUUCCAAUUCUAAAAUCUAGUGCGAGAAUGGCUACUCGACUUAAUUACUUGUGCCCCCAGUUCUUCCCAGCUUCUGCCUUUUGGUCUGUUGAGCAACAUAAUAAUGCACCACUAGGAUCCCUAACUUCUACUGAGGGUCUUCUCUCAAAACUUUGUGAAAGAAUAUCUGCUGAAAAUCUCUUGAAGUUCACUUUGCGCCCCAAUUGUCAUCUUGGGUUGGACAAAUCUAAUGUUCCAAGUCUUUUUGCUCCCCCUAAAGUCAUUGAUGAGUUACUUUCAGAGAUUCCAGAGAUUGCAGAUGUUGCCCAACAGGUAAGCAAAUUCUGGGACUCACCUGGAGAAAUGAAACAGGAUGAAACUGCAGUGCAAGAUGAUACAAUUGUAUUUGGAAAGUCUAUUUUGGAUGGAAAUAUUCUCCUUUGUUGUCUGGAAAACAUUCGAAGAGAUGACCUGGAGAUUGUUUUGCUGGGAACUGGUUCUUCCCAGCCUUCUAAAUAUAGGAAUGUAAGUUCCAUCUACAUUAAUCUUUUCUGUAAAGGAAGUUUGCUGUUGGAUUGUGGGGAAGGAACUCUUGCACAACUGAGAAGAAGAUAUGGCAUGGAGGGUGCUGAUAAUGCAGUGAGAAACUUAAGAUGCAUUUGGAUUUCCCAUAUCCAUGCAGAUCACCAUGCGGGUAUAGUAAGGAUACUUACUCUACGGCGUGAUCUGUUGAAGGGACUGCCCCAUGAGCAGUUGCUUGUUAUAGGGCCAAUGCAGCUCGAACUGUUUCUUAAUGCAUAUCAAAGACUUGAAUAUCUAGAUAUGCAGUUCCUUGAUUGCAGAAACACUACUAUUGCUUCAUGGAAUGAUUUUGAAGGAGACAUUGAAUCAAGUAGGAAUGGUUUCUUUUCAGAAAAUCCAAAAAAUGCCAAAGAUAUUAACAAUAAAAAUGCCAUGAGUUCAGUAAAUACUGCACUUGUUGGGGAGGGCAAACAAGGCUGUUCGAAGAGAAUGAAACUUAGUUUUCCAGUCCAAAGCGAAGCUUGUCCAUUACUCAAGAGGUUGAAAGAAGUUCUUUGGGAAGUAGGGCUGGAGAAACUGAUUAGUUUUCCUGUUGUGCACUGUCCUGAGGCAUUUGGUAUUGUACUGCAAGCAACAAAAAGACUAAACACUAUUGGAGAGGUAAUACCAGGGUGGAAGCUUGUGUACUCUGGUGACACUAGGCCGUGCCAGGAGGUGAUAGAAGCAUCUCAUGGAGCAACCAUUCUCAUACAUGAGGCAACUUUUGAGGAUAGCAUGGUGGAGGAAGCUAUCGCAAAAAACCACAGCACAACUAAGGAAGCCAUAGAAGUGGGAGAUUCUGCAGCUGCAUAUCGUGUCAUUCUUACCCAUUUCAGCCAAAGAUAUCCAAAAAUUCCUGCAUUGGAUGAGAUAAGCAUAAAGAAAACUUGUAUUGCUUUUGAUCUCAUGAGUAUAAACAUAGCUGAUUUGCCUGUGCUCCCUAAUAUUCUUCCAUUCUUAAAACUGCUCUUUAGAAAGGACAUGAUAACUGACAAAUAAGUUGCUUUUAUUUAUAUAUCUCCAUAAUUAGUGCUCAAUUAUUUCUUAUUAAAACUAAAUUUAGUGAUA